GCAAACUCCUGCACGGCCCAAUCACAGCCUUUCACCCCUCCUUUCUGCUUUCCUUGGUUUUAGAUCUCCAGACAAGAUAAAAACAAUAAAAUAAAGAGCCAGUGGGGGAGGAAUAGAUCGGGUUUGGAUCCCUUCCUUCUUCCAUCUCCCACCACCGUUUUCCAUCUUUCCUUCUUUUUGCUCCCUUUAACCAUCUAAAGAUUGCUCUCGUACCUCUUUUUCUACUUCUCCUCCUCGGAUUCACAUACAAAGUUCGGUCUUUUCCCUCUCUCUCUUCUACUCGAUUGCUGCUACUCUCUGAUCGAAUUUUCUCUGCUGCCUGGUGGUCCGGGGGUUUACAGGAAGUUUGGCAUCGCGUUCGACUGGAAUAGGUAGUCCGGAUCUGUUGAGCCUGGGGAGCUUUAGGUUCAUGUUUUGGACUUGAAAGUUUAGAUUUUUUUUUUUUUAAUGUUCCCUCCCUCGUAAUCCAUCGAUGGUUCCGACUCUCUGCUUGUUUUCAGUAAACGAAAUGUUCUUGAAUUGAGUAUUCUAUUGAUUUCUCAUCCAGGUCUCUCCUUUUCAGAAUUUGUUUAUAGAUUUUGUUUAGUUACCUGUUCCGAUUCCUUUGGAAAAACGAUAGAUAGAGUGGAUCUGCCCUCCGUGUUCUCUGCUGUCUGAGAAACAGUCUGAGGUUUGAUUUUGAGUUGAUAAAAGGAUCGAACGACCUGGAAAUGGUGACGAACUCUUGGAUGCAAGUCCUCACCCCGAGGGCGCCGUACUUCCCCAACUCAAGUUGGCUUCCUGGCCCAAAGAGGAGCGGGAAUUGGACCCAAGAGGAGAACAAGCGCUUCGAAGAUGCCCUGGCGCAGUUCGACAGGGACACCCCCGACCGAUGGGAGAGGGUGGCGGCCGUGAUCCCGGGGAAGUCGGUGCGGGAUAUCAUCACCCAUUACAGGGACUUGGAGGACGACGUGAACGACAUAGAAGCUGGCCGGAUCCCGUGUCCUGGCUACACCUCUUCGUCUUUUACCUUGGAUUGGGAGAACAGCCAUGGGUACGAAGGGUUCAAGCCAUCCUACUGCAUCGCCGGGAAGAGGUCAGGAGGGAGGCCGGAUCAGGAGAGGAAGAAAGGAGUCCCCUGGACUGAAGAGGAGCACAAGCUAUUUCUACUGGGUCUCCAAAAAUAUGGGAAAGGGGAUUGGAGAAACAUAUCGCGCAAUUUUGUCAUCACCAGGACGCCUACCCAAGUGGCCAGCCAUGCACAGAAGUAUUUCAUCAGGCUCAAUUCAGGUGGAAAAGAUAAGAGGAGAUCCAGCAUCCAUGAUAUCACGACCGUCAACUUGCCGAACAAUGGGCCGCCUUCACCACCUCAGGCAUCCGUGCUCGCAAAGCGAUCGAGUUCUGCUGCCGCCACUGGAAUCUCUGACCAGUUCUCGGUCAUAGUUGAUCCAAAUCAGCCUAAUGAAGCAGCUGGUGUCUUUAGCCCAUCGGCACAUGGUAAUCCAUUCAUGCACCCACCUUAUGAAAUUACUACAUAUGGGAUGAAAUUACCAGCUCCAAAUUCUCAAAGAGGCAGCCUUCAAGAUUCCAUGGUUGGAGACCAUCAUAUGAUGUUUCAAAUGCAGCCUCAUGGAUAAGAAAAUGUAGAAUGUGCACUCCUUUAGACAGUAAUUGUCUAUGGACAUCUUCUGGGUGGGGAGUGGGAGGGGAUGGGGUUACUUAGAUCAUUAAAUCCAGUACUUUUGAGGCUGAAAUUGAAAGAUAGAGUAUGUAUGUCCAAUGCUGUCAAUAUGUCGAUACUGAGAUAUUUUCUUAGAUGGGCCUUAUGAUUCUUCUUCUUCUUCUUUGUAUAAUUUGCCAUUCUGAGGUACAGAACUCAAGAAUAUAAUGGCAUCAAGAUAUUCACUUGAAGUCACAUUGUCAUCUGAUAAUAGUCUUAGCUUAGAAUGCUCCAUGCUCGUGCCGGUAUCAUACCCUGUAUGAAGACUCCUCUUGGUUAACUGCUUAGUUUCCAAGAGAUCUGCAUGGGAGUGUUAUGGUAACUUUUCCUAUUCAGGUGCUGGCGUGGAGAAGCUAGCUUCAAAUUCGUGGAGAAUGUGCAUACUUCAUGGUACCAUUGUUGAGGUUUGAGUUGAAGGCCCAUGUCAUGUCGCUUGCUUCUUGUCUCUCGGAUGUUUUAGGCUGAUCCGUAUGUAAGCUUUUGUGAUAUAAAGAUGGUGUUUCUUAUUUCA